UCCCAACCACGUUUACGUCUACUUUACACGUGACAUAAGGAGGACCAAUGAAUUCGAAGGAUAGUUGCUUUCGUUAGUAGCUGGGUAAAAAUGGCUGAAGUUGAGUUCGGCGAUUGUGAGCUCUUUCAGCUGCUUGAUGACUCCGCACCGGUCCCGACGCAUAUUCGCUUCACAGAUGAUGAGGAGGACAAGGAGGAGACGAGCCAGUUCCGGAGCAGACUGGAGGAGUAUGAUGACUACAUUCAGAGACUCACUGAGGAGAAUAAAGGUUUAAGAAGAAAACUGAAAAUCCUGACACGACCAAGCGGCAUCACAAUCGAAGAUGUCAACAUCGACGGGCCAGCUCUUCAAAUCCUUUAUGCAAACAAUAUCAUUUCAAAGCAGUGUCGUCAAGAAAUUGAAGAUUGCAUCUGCAAUGUGAUUUUGAAGCACCAGAAACCGAGCAAUGAAAAGAAAAACUCCAUCUUGCAAAUGAAACCUCAGAAUUCAGCUUUUGCUUUGGAUGAAGAUCUGCAGAAGUCCUCUUCCAGUAACGUAAAAACAACAACCGAAGCGUUUAAAGUGGUUGGAAGUGUCUUAUAUUUCACUACAUUUAGUGUUGAUAAACUUGGACAGCCUCUGGUGAAUGAAAACCCCCAGUUGACAGAUGGAUGGGACGUUCCAACAUAUCACCAGGUUUUUAACCAAGUCGUUGGCACAGAUGGACAGGAUAUAGAAAUGAAAGACAAAAGACCCAAAUCAAUGUGUUUCAACUGUGGUUUGAGUGGUCAUCAGCUGAGAGACUGUCCCAAGCCUAAAGACAUGGCUGCAAUUAAUGAGAGAAGGAAGGAGUUUAAUCAGAACAACAACCAGGCCAUGCAGAGUAACCAGCGAUACCAUGCUGAUGAAGUGGAGGAGCGGUUUGCUAAAUACAAGCCUGGAGUCAUGAGUGAGGAUCUGUUAACAGCGCUGGGAAUUGAUGGAAACACCCUCCCACCUCUAAUUUAUCGCAUGAGGCAGUUAGGCUAUCCACCAGGUUGGCUCAAAGAGGCAGAAAUGGAAAACUCUGGCUUAACAAUGUAUGAUGGAAAUGUUUCAAAUGAUGGUAAAAUAACAGACGAUACCAAUUCGCAAAACAUCUCUUAUGAUGUUUCCAAACUGGUAGAUUUCCCAGGCUUCAAUGUAACUGCAUCACACAACGUGAAAGAUGAGUUCAUGCAGUAUGGUUCUAUUCCAAUGCAGACCAACCACAUGAAGCAAAACUAUGCAGCUUAUCUGUCCAACAACUUCCCUAUGCCUGGUGCCACCUGCAACAAGAGACGGCAUGAAUCUGAAUCAUCUCCACAGCAAAGGAAGAAGACGAGGUCCAGUCCGGAUCGGAACUCUGAUAGAAGCUCGGACAUGGAUAUUGAAUCGGACCCAGGAACACCUUAUAAUCCUGGAUCAGGUGACUUCCAGUUCCAACCUCCGAUGCCCCCUGGCUCCCCAUGCUUCAGUUCACCGCCUCCUUUACCCCAGGGCACUCCUCCUGCUACACCCACUCCCCCACCUCUCCCUAAAGGUACUCCUCCUCCCACACCCACCAACGGCUCCCCAGCUCUGCGGGGGAGUAACUGGGUAGUAGUUGAUGAAACUGUGGACGGAACAGAGGAUGAAUUGUCAUUGGAGGAACUGGAGGAGCAGCAGAGGCUGAUUUGGGCAGCUCUAGAAAAUGCUGACACUGCCACAAAUAGUGAAUCUGAGACACCUGCAGUGGGAACACCUGUACCCAGUUCACCAAGUGCGUCCACACCUGUGCAUGUCGACACAGAAACGGAGGAGGUUGAAGAAACGAUGGACACAACAAGACCUGCAGAAACUUGCCAUAGCAGUGAAAAUCAAAGUGAACCAGGGGUUCAAGAGAUUUGCUCUCAGAGCCCUGGUCUGAUCAAAGCCCAAGACGACAGCCCCCAGAGCCCUGGUCUGGUCAAAACCCAAGACGACAGCCCCCAGAGCCCUGGUCCGGUCAAAACCCAAGACGACAGCCCCCAGAGCCCUGGUCCGGUCAAAACCCAAGACGACAGCCCCCAGAGCCCUGGUCCGGUCAAAACCCAAGACGACAGCCCCCAGAGCCCUGGUCUGGUCAAAACCCAAGACGACAGCCCCCAGAUCCCUCGUCCCAUCAAAUGCCAGGAAGGUAACCCCCAGAGCCCUGAUCUAGAUUUCUCUAAUGGAGCAGCUGGAGAUUGUGCUUCUCCUAUGCAUGACGAGAAGAUAACCGCUGUUCCUCAUCGUAGCAGGUUUGCAGCUGGCAUCGUUCCGUUUGAAGAUACACCAGAGUACACUGAAGUUGCUGAAGCCACAGGGACAUACCUUAGGAUCAGAGACUUGCUUAAAAGUUCCCCUCGAAGUUUAGCAAAAAAAAAAUAACAAUGUACUGUCUUCAUUUGGAACACAAGGGUACAUUGAUAUUUUUUUAAACAAACUUCUAUUUUGACCAUCCUAUCAGGCAUGAUUUUAGCUGUUUAUUUUUUGUACCAAAUUGAAUGUCUAUGCUGUGUAUAAACAUUUGAUCUGUAAACAAGGAGGGACAUCAAGGGAUGCUGCAAGAACAGUAGUUUUUAAGUUUUGACCAAUAAGUCUCAGUUUUUUGUAACAGUUAUGUUAUUCAUGCUGUUUAUUUUAUUGUAAAAUUUGUGAAAUGGUCAUUUUUUUUGACCUGUAAAAAUUUUAAUACCAUGUUAAAAUGACCUUUUCUAUUUUCGUUCUACUUAAAUUGCUUAAAACACUUAAGUAUACAUGCUUUCACUUGCUUCAGUGCUUUUAUUUUGUCUGGCAGCCAUGGAUAGAUGUUGGUUUGAUUUCAUUUUGCUGUAUGUUGUACACAGAUGGUGUAGUUGAUUGUUUAACCAUCUUUAGCAGAGUUUACUGAACAAAUUGGUCAAUUUGUUCACUAAACUCUGCUAAAGGUGCUACCUUCUUUCUAAAAUCAGCUCCUAGCUGAUGUAAUGCACAUUGGCAAUCAAAGUGCAUGUAAUUGGAACUACACUACAACAAUGUGUAUUUUGUCCCUGGGACAUUAUAAACCUUGGUCUACAUUUUGUCUUAAUAGAUUUAUAUCACAGCUGAAAUAAAGUUAAUUGUCCCAUUUCAAACUCAUCUGCAAGCAAAAAAACAAACCGCUUUAAAGAAGCUGUAGAGGCUAGAUAUGCACGGGAGUGUCAAUCAGUCAUGGUUAGGCAUUUAAUAAAAUGGUUACCUGUUGUGUGUUAUCUUUUGGAUAAAAAUUACUUUUCUUACACAUUCAGGAGGACCUUUUAAUAUAAUUAAUUUUGGAGCAUGAAAAUUGGUAUUUCUAUUACUUUAACAUAUUCAGUAGAGAAUAUUUAUCAUAUUGCUAGCAAAAACGUACUUUCUUCAAAGUUGGAGGAAAUUCCCAACAUAGUCAAAGUCCAUAUUCCAAACUAUUAGCAUUUAACAGUAAACACCAACACUCACAUACACACAGAAUAAUUGUAAAUGACUUUUAUACAAGAUACUCCCAUACAGCACAUACUUAUGCAAUUAUACACGCUCUGGUGUCUGAGUGAACCUCAGAACUGUCUGAGGACAGUUAUUUAACCCCAUGCAAAGUCAUGUGAAACAGAUGGUGUCAACUACGGUCUACACUCAAACCUUUUGUAAUAAAGCUAUUACAUUGCAGGCCUAAACACAGGACUUUAAAUUCAACUUUUACAUUCUGUUGGUCUUUAUAUUCAAAGUAGACAUUAAGUCCCAUUUUGACUACUGGAUUUAAGACUGCUAAUAGUUAUUUUUGUUUUUCUCCAAAAUCUGACUUUGUUUGCAUACUUCCAACUUUUAUAUUUAAAAUAAAAUCCCCAAAAUAUGCUGUUUAGUUUGUUAUAAUUAAAAAAAUCUGAGAUUAA